GCGCCCGGCGGGGCGGACGUGGAGCAAGAUGGCGGCGCCCGUGUCACGUACAGAGGAGCAAGGAGCGCGGCAAGAUGGCAGCGUACGGAGGGGCGGGAAGCCGGGCGAGGGGCGGGGCAAAAUGGCGGCGGGAGAAGAGGCGGGACUAGGUCGAGAUGGCGGCACCGACGGGGCGGGACGGGGACGGGGGCGGGAUGAGGGCGGGUCUCGCGCGUCGGGAGGCAACGGAGAGGCCGGGGAGCGGCUCAGGAGGAUGGAGGGUGGCGAGCGGCUCCUCCCCAAAGGCUUCCCCAAGCUGAAGAACGACACGUUCCUGCGGGCGGCACGCGGGGAGGAGACGGAGCACACCCCGGUGUGGUGCAUGCGGCAGGCGGGGCGGUACCUGCCAGAGUUUCGGGAGACACGGGCGUCACAGGAUUUCUUUGCCACUUGCCGGAGCCCCAAAUUGUGCUGUGAGCUGACACUGCAGCCACUAAGACGAUUCCCCCUGGAUGCUGCCAUCAUCUUCUCUGACAUCUUGGUGGUGCCCCAGGCACUGGGCAUGGAGAUCGUCAUGGUCCCUGGCAAAGGACCCACCUUUACAGAGCCCCUGAAGGAGGUGGAGGAUCUGCUGAAACUGCGACAGAAGGUGGAUGUCACCGCAGAGUUAGGUUACGUCUUCCAGGCCAUCACACUGACACGACACAGCCUGGAGGGCAAGGUGCCCCUCAUCGGCUUCGCGGGGGCCCCGUGGACGCUCAUGUCCUACAUGAUUGAAGGUGGUGGCUCCAGUACAAUGGCGAAGGCUAAGAGCUGGCUCUACCGUCACCCUGAGGCAAGCCACCGUCUGCUACGCCUGCUGACUGAUGUCAUCAUUGACUACCUGGUGGGGCAGGUGGCUGCUGGAGCGCAGGCGCUCCAGCUGUUUGAGUCCCAUGCAGGGCACCUGGGCCCAGAGCUGUUUCAGGACUUUGCCCUGCCUUACAUCCGGGACAUUGCCCAGGCUGUCAAGAGCAAGCUGAAGGAGGAGGCACUGCCCCUGGUGCCCAUGAUCAUCUUUGCCAAGGAUGCACACUACGCCCUGCGCGACCUGGCCCGUGCCGGUUACGAGGUUGUUGGUCUCGACUGGACCAUCCGGCCCCAAGAAGCUCGUGCACAGGUAGGAAAAGAUGUCACACUGCAAGGGAACCUGGAUCCGUGUGCUCUCUAUGCACCCAAGGAGAAGAUUGGCGAGCUGGUGAAGAAGAUGCUGGAGAGUUUUGGGACCCAACGCUAUAUUGCCAACCUGGGCCACGGCCUCUACCCCGACAUGAACCCUGAACAUGUGGGUGCCUUUGUGGAAGCCGUGCAUGCUCAUUCCCGUCAUAUCAACAAGCACAGCUGAGCCUGGGGCCUUGGGGACAGGACUCCGGUUUGGGCACAGUCACCCAUGUUGUCACAGGGUUCACUCCAGGCCGGGCUGCAGCAUUAAACCAGGACCUUCUCUGCA